UCAUACAAAGAAAUCAAGGUGACGGAACUAAAACGUCAUCCGUCAUGCAUUCACAUUAUAAAACAUGUAGGCCCAUUUAAUCGUUCGUUUAUUUGAAUAUAGACAAAAAGCCCAGUAAAUAUAAGACAAGAAGAAAAUAGGCAUAUGGUCACAAUGAAGCUUAAAUCAAAAGGUACAAAGGCAGAGUUUACCCAAGCAGAGUAAUUAUACAAACACGUUGUUACUGAUCAGCUUUAUCUUAGUUGAAAAUGAGUUAGUAAUGAGCUAUAUUUUUGGGUGUUGUCAUUGUUAUUUACGUUGGUUUUCUGUUACCCGGAUGUUACGCAGCUUGAUGACGUCAGUACUAGGAAGUACCAACACUUGGCUGGACCGUAGUGCUCGGAAAGCUGAAUUUGCCUCCCUGGCUUUUGUCUCUAUAAAGACAGCGAAACAGUUUGUACUUGUUUUGCGGGCUGUCUCUUUUAUGUCGGAGCAAACCGCCGCGUGCUCACUCAUCACGCCCUCUGCUCGUGCGAGAGUGCGUCCGUGUUAGCUGGCUAACAGGCUAUCAGCUAAGGUUGUUUUGAUUAUUGAUGUGGACGUUACACUGACGGUGUCCGGACCCAGACGGUCAGAGCUAAUACACACCGUGGACAUGUUUCCCCCCCACACAUUAACCAGUGGGAGGAGAUAAUCAUUUGUGUCUUUAAGAACUUCGAAGUUCGUACAGUUCACCAGCUAGCUUAAAAGCUAACGUUAACGUCCAACCGCAGUCCCCGAUCCAUCGCUACCGGGGAACCGUCCGGCUCGUCCCUGAGCCCGAGCAGUGGACGUCUGGCGAGCUCCAACAGCUCUCUGCGAAACCGGAUCCAAAUGCGCGGGAUGAUGGGCACCCAGAGUAGUCCUGUCAAGAGUUACGAUUAUCUCCUGAAAUUCCUCUUGGUGGGAGACAGCGACGUCGGAAAGGGGGAGAUCCUGGAGAGUUUGCAAGACGGAUCCGUGGAGUCUCCUUACGCCUACAGCAGUGGUGAGUGGAUUGAUUACAAGACCACCACGAUUCUGCUGGAUGGAAGAAGAGUGAAAUUAGAGUUGUGGGACACAUCAGGGCAAGGUAGAUUCUGCACCAUCUUCAGGUCUUACUCUCGGGGAGCACAGGGUAUCCUGCUCGUAUAUGACAUCACCAACGGCUGGUCGUUUGAUGGCAUCGACCGCUGGAUUCGGGAAAUUGAUGAGCAUGCCCCAGGUGUGCCCAGGAUUCUGGUGGGGAACCGACUUCACCUGGCUUUCAAGCGACAGGUGCCGACGGAGCAGGCGAGGGCGUAUGCGGAGAAGAACAGCAUGACCUUCUUCGAGGUCAGUCCGCUCUGCAACUUCAACGUCAUCGAGUCCUUCACAGAGCUGUCGCGCAUUGUGCUGAUGCGGCAUGGGAUGGAGAAAUUCUGGAGACCCAACAGAGUCUUCAGCCUCCAAGAUCUGUGCUGCCGCUCAAUCGUCUCCUGCACACCGGUGCACCUCAUCGACAAACUGCCCCUCCCUGUGGCCAUCAAGUCCCACCUCAAGUCUUUCUCCAUGGCCAACGGCAUGAACGCAGUCAUGAUGCACGGACGCUCCUAUUCGGUGACCAACAGCGCAGCUACGGGUGGUGGCGGAGGGGGAAGCAAAGGCAACAGUCUGAAACGCUCAAAGUCCUUCAGGCCUCCGCAGAGUCCUCCAAAGAACUCGUCGUCCUCCUCCUCCUCCUCAAAGGGGAACUGUAAGAUUUCAUAGUGAAGAAGCAAACCGACGGUUGCCGCCACAGAACCAGGUUUAAAGAUCUUUUUGCUCCGAGAGGUCCCGAGGCCAGCGGGGAGCACGGAGAGCUGCAAGCCGUCUCCGUCAGAACCAGCUACAGCUGUAAACCCACAUUGACCCUUUGGGGACUGACUCGGAUGGUUGGGGUUUUUUUCUGUUCUCUUUGCACUUGCUGGUGCCAUCUCGUGGAUGUCCGUUUACUUGUACUCUUAACUACAGUUGGCUCACUGUGAUCAAGUAGAACAAGAGUUUCCUGGGACCAACAGAUGUGAAUUCAAGGAUUAUCACUCAACCGUUCACACUACAAAUGAGUGGAGGGACAUUAGCUAGCUUUUAUGCAGGAACGGGAUUGUUUAUUGGUAUCUAAAGUUGACUUGGAAGGUGUAAAAUAUACUGUAUGUGCUGUUCUGCUGCUCUGUGUUUGGUGGUUGUUCCUGGGGGAGGAGGCUUAACGCACUUGUUAUGUUUCGAAUGUUUUUGGGGCUUUCAUGAACAGCUUAUUUGUUUCACUUUCCAUAGAAAAUCCCCUUUACAACUUCAAGGGUGCUGGGCUUCUUAUUGAAAACUCAGAUACAACCUUUUACAUAAAAACAGAUUAAAUUGAUUGUCAUGAGCAAGCAGGGUUCGAUUCUCUGGUUAUACAUGUACUAGACCUUCAGAAAAUCUGAAGAGUAAUCCCCUGAAAACAUUCUUAGCCCAGCACUACUCGUGCUGUGACUCUGUUCGGGAAAGUCGAGCCAAGUUGUCUCGUUUGCAAAACUUCCUGAGUUGCCUGCUUCAAUUUGAGCCCAAAUGAAUUCCAUCCUCAUCUCCACCCGUCACUGAAUCUUACAUUCUUAGUUCUGUUAUUACCUUAAAGGAAUUAAAACCCAUCAACAUCAUGAUCAAUUUCAUUCUGAUGAGGAAAUCUUGCACAAACUCAGAUGUACAGCUUGUUGGCUCAGUGACAGCGUUUUGCCUUCAGAAUCUCCUGCAGUCUUCUGUCUUGCCCCUGAGCAGAACAGUAGGAACGUGCAGGACAUUGACAUUGACGUGAGGGAUUUGAUUGAUUUUUAAAAAUAUUUUAUGCAUAUACUACGUAUUUAUGAAUGUAAAACAAUAUUCAUCUUCUACUUGUCAGCGGCCACGUGGUGAUCUGUGGGGCUGUAAGAAUCAGAGGUGGAAAGUCACUGGGGUAUGUCUACUAUAUGCGGUCAUAUUUUUAUUGAACCUUUCUGCUCGUCUGCAGUAUUUGUAUUAUUAUAAUUAUUAUUUCCCAAACGUUGUAAAAACAACAACCAUGUAAUGUCAUAUGAAUAUUGUUUUUUAAAUCGGAACUAUCUUAUGUUUUGUUUUAACCGAACUAUCAACACAAAUAUUUUUUUUUAUUCUAAUACUUUGUGCUCUUUCCACCUCUGAUCAACAUGUGCCGUAUUUCAACUGUGUGUGUGCGCGUGCGAUGAGGUCGAGGAGUGCAUACACUAUGUAUUGGUGCAUGUCUCCUCCCGCCGCCUGUCUGUAUGAGGUGUAUGGUGUCAGAGGGGAGUGAACAUUUAAAGCACUAAAUAUAUAUAUAUAUAUAUAUAUAUAUAUAUAUAUAUAUAUAUAUAUAUAUAUAUGGUGUAAUAUUGUGAUGACGAUUGUUGCUGCCAGAGCUGUGUGUCUACAGAUUUGGAGGCGGGAUUAAUAACUUUGUCUCCAUUGAAAGCAGUCACCCAUCAGAAUAAAGGGUCAAAGGACAAGCGCUA